AUGGAGCGAAGAGCUGAUAAUUUGGCUUUCCCAGCAAUUGUUGGGACGUAUAGCAAGUACAGCAGUUCGAGGAAACUGUGGGAUGACCGCUAUCACAAUGCCCAUUUGGAUAGAUUGGAGACAGUAAAACCAGUUGUGGACAACAAGCCGCCAAGAACAUAUCUCCACUGUCAUGUUAACAUGAAAAAAAUGCAGAUGGAGCAGAAGCGGCAGAUGGACAUUGAGAGAGACAACAGGCUGUUGGCUUCAAGAAUUGCAAUGCCCAGAAAUGUUCGGAAAACCUCAAACCACUACCAGCCCAAACCAAGUAUGAAUGCAGAUAUUCGCAAUCGGGAGUUGGUGAGGAUCUCUCUGGAGAAUCAAGCAAUUCUUAUGAAGAUCAACCUGAGAAAGCCUGUCUAUGAUCACAAAAUGUAUCAGAAAGAUUUCAAGAUUACACAAGAAUACAUGUCCCGACUUCAAAAUAAUCCUCCAAAUACUGGGGCAAUUAAAAGGGUGUAA